AAAAGCAACACCGACUCCAUAGCAUUUAUCCCCAAUUCCAUAUCCAUACAAUGAGCAUCUUCUCCCUCGAAGGUCGUGUCCUCAAGCUCGACUCCCGCGCCGACAUCGAGCCCCAUAUCAAGGACCUCCUCGAGAAUGCCGACGUUGAAGAAGUACGUCUCAACGGUAACACCUUCGGAAUUGAGGCAUCUGAGGCGCUCGCCGAGGCAUUGAAAGACAAGAAGAAGUUGAAGGUCGUCCAAUUCGCCGAUAUCUUCACCGGCCGUCUCCGUGAGGAGAUUCCACCAGCACUCAGCGCAAUGCUCACCGCGCUCCUCACUUGCCCCACCCUCCACACCGUCAACCUUUCCGACAAUGCUUUCGGCCCUACUGCGCAGGCUCCUCUUGUUGACUUCUUCUCCAAGCACACCCCUCUUGAGCACCUUUACCUCGCGAACAACGGUAUGGGACCCCAGGCUGGUUCCCUCAUCGCGAACGCAUUGGCCGAGUUGGCUGCAGCCAAGAAAGCUGCGGGUCCUGAUACCCCUACUUUGAAGACCAUCGUCUGUGGUCGUAACAGAUUAGAGAACGGAUCCAUGGAGUCUUGGGCUAAGUGUUUCGCCGCUCACGGUUCAUUCGAGGAGAUUCGCAUGUAUCAGAACGGUAUCCGUCCCGAGGGUAUCGAGCACGUCUUCACUCAGGGUUUGAGCAAGUGCCCCGGGUUGAAGCACGUCGAUUUUCAGGACAACACUUUCACCUUGAAGGGUGCGCAAGCUUUGGCGAAGGUCAUCGGAGGCUGGUCCUCCCUGAAAGAGUUGAACUUCAACGACUGUUUGUUGUCGGAGCGUGGUGCCCAUGCUUUGGCUAAGGCUUUGAGGGAGAACAAGAACGAGAAGCUGGAGAUUUUGAGAUUACAGUUCAACGAAAUUAAGAACACUGGUGUUAAGGAGUUGUUGACCGCGAUUAAGUUGUCGCUGCCAGAACUUGAGAAGUUGGAGUUGAACGGAAACACUCUUUCUGAGGAGGACCCUAUCAUUGAGGAGAUCCAGAACUUCUUUGAGGAGCGAGGAAAGGGUGAGCUCGACGAGUUGGACGAGCUUGAGGAGCCUGAUUCAGAUGAGAGCGAAGAGGAGGAGGACGAGGAGGAGGAAGAAGAUGAGGAUGAGGACAAGGAGGAUGUCGUCAAGGAUGCUGACGAGGAAGAGGAGAAGAAUGUUGCUCCUGAGCAGGAAAAGUCAGUGGACGACCUUGCUGAUGCUUUGGCUUCGAAGGCUACUGUGUAGAGGAGGAUAGAUGCCCGGGAGUGUAAGCUACAGAUAAUAUGGUACUAUUUUAAUUCUGCCUAAUACAUCGCGUCAAGCAAUCUCAUAACCGCCUUC